CUGGACCCGAGCGCCGCAGGUGACCCUGGCGGGGAGCCGGGCGCGCUGGGCCGGCUGAGAAGCGGCGGGCUGGAGGCGGGCCUCCCCGACUUGGGUCGUCUCUCAGCCUAGACGCAGGGCUGAGGAGACGCACGGCGAGCUCCGAGACGCGCGAGGCUCCCUGACGGCCGGCGGGGCUAGCGGCCCUCGGCAUGUUCGGUGAGGCUAGGCUUUUCCUCCCGCCCGUGGGCUGAGGCGGCGGCGGCCACACGAGCGAGAUGCACCUGCCGGGCUCGGCUUAGAGGAGCGUCCGGGCCGCCAGCGGGAGAGCUUUGGUCGCCCAGAGCCGGCGGCGACCGCGGGCCCGAACCGCAGCGACGGGUGGGCGCCCCGACAUGGCGGCCCGGAGCGCCCCGAGCUGCCACCUGCGGCUCGAGUGGGUGUACGGCUACCGGGGCCACCAGUGCCGCAACAACCUCUACUACACCGCAGCCAAGGAGAUCGUGUACUUCGUGGCGGGGGUCGGCGUGGUGUACAGCCCCCGGGAGCAUCGGCAGAAGUUCUACCGCGGCCACAGCGACGACAUCAUCAGUCUUGCACUGCAUCCUGAGCGAGUGUUGGUAGCAACAGGACAAGUUGGGAAAGAGCCAUACAUCUGUGUUUGGGAUUCUUACACUGUUCAGACUGUGUCUGUUCUGAAGGAUGUUCAUACACAUGGUAUAGCUUGUUUAGCAUUCGACUUGGAUGGACAGCGCUUGGUUUCAGUUGGGCUCGAUUCAAAGAAUGCAGUUUGUGUUUGGGACUGGAAAAGGGGGAGAAUGUUGUCUAUGGCUCCUGGUCACACUGACAGAAUAUUUGAUAUCUCUUGGGAUUUGUACCAGCCAAAUAAACUUGUCAGCUGUGGUGUAAAGCAUAUCAAGUUCUGGAGUUUGUGUGGAAAUGCUCUGACCCCCAAACGAGGAGUUUUUGGUAAAACAGGUGACCUGCAGACAAUACUGUGCCUAGCCUGUGCUCGGGAUGAAUUAACAUACUCUGGUGCACUCAAUGGAGAUAUAUAUGUUUGGAAAGGAAUCAAUCUUACACGAACAAUACAAGGAGCCCAUACUGCGGGAAUUUUUAGUAUGAAUGCUUGUGAAGAAGGCUUUGCUACUGGUGGCAGAGAUGGCUGUAUUCGUCUUUGGGAUUUAACUUUUAAACCAAUUACUGUGAUUGAUCUCAGGGAAACAGACCAGGGAUACAAAGGUUUGUCUGUGAGGAGUGUUUGUUGGCGAGGUGACCACAUUUUAGUUGGAACACAGGACAGUGAAAUUUUUGAAAUUGUUGUGCAUGAAAGAAAUAAACCUUUCCUACUUAUGCAAGGGCAUUGUGAAGGUGAACUUUGGGCACUUGCUGUUCAUCCUACUAAACCUUUGGCCGUGACUGGAAGUGAUGAUCGUUCAGUCAGGAUUUGGAGCCUUGUAGAUCAUGCUUUAAUAGCAAGAUGUAAUAUGGAAGAACCGAUUCGAUGCGCUGCUGUCAAUGUAGAUGGAAUCCAUCUUGCUCUUGGAAUGAAGGAUGGGUCAUUCACUGUCCUUAGAGUGAGAGAUAUGACUGAAGUUGUACAUAUUAAAGACAGGAAAGAGGCAAUCCAUGAGCUGAAAUACUCUCCAGAUGGCACUUAUCUUGCUGUUGGCUGCAAUGACAGCUCAGUUGACAUCUAUGGCGUUGCUCAGCGUUACAAAAAAGUUGGUGAAUGUGUUGGUUCACUUAGCUUCAUCACUCAUCUGGACUGGUCUUCAGAUAGUAGAUAUUUACAGACAAAUGAUGGCAGUGGAAAACGGCUUCUGUAUAGGAUGCCAGGAGGAAAGGAAGUCACAAGUAAAGAAGAAAUAAAAGGUGUUCACUGGGCUUCAUGGACAUGUGUUUCAGGCCUUGAAGUCAAUGGGAUUUGGCCCAAGUAUUCUGAUAUCAAUGAUAUAAAUUCAGUGGAUGGAAAUUAUGUUGGCCAGGUUUUAGUUACAGCUGAUGAUUAUGGAGUUGUAAAAUUAUUUCGAUAUCCAUGCUUAAGAAAAGGGGCCAAGUUUAGAAAAUAUAUUGGUCAUUCAGCUCAUGUAACCAAUGUCAGAUGGUCACAUGAUUAUCAAUGGGUUAUUUCUAUUGGUGGAGCUGAUCACUCUGUGUUUCAGUGGAAGUUUAUUCCUGAAAGAAAAUUAAAAGAUGCUCUUCACAUAGCACCCCAAGAAAGUCUGGCUGAGUCCAACAGCGAUGAAUCAGAUUCAGAUCUAUCUGAUGUUCCGGAACUGGAUUCUGAGAUUGAGCAAGAGACACAGCUUACUUACCACCGGCAGGUUUACAAAGAAGAUCUACCUCAGCUUAAAGAACAAUGCAAAGAAAAACAGAAAAGUGCUACUUCUAAACGAAGAGAACGUGCUCCUGGAAAUAGUAUUCGAUUACACUUCAUUCAUGGUUACAGAGGUUAUGACUGUCGAAGUAAUCUUUUCUACACUCAAAUUGGUGAAAUUGUGUACCAUGUGGCAGCAGUGGGUGUUAUCUAUAAUAGACAACAGAACACACAGCGUUUUUAUCUGGGUCAUGAUGAUGACAUUCUGUGCCUGGCUAUUCAUCCUUUGAAGGACUAUGUGGCCACAGGCCAGGUAGGUAGAGAUCCCUCAAUUCACAUAUGGGAUACAGAAACCAUUAAACCAUUGUCUAUAUUAAAGGGCUACCACCAAUAUGGCAUCUGUGCGGUUGAUUUCUCAGCUGAUGGGAAACGCCUAGCUUCAGUUGGAAUAGAUGACAGCCAUACCAUUGUACUGUGGGACUGGAAGAAAGGGGAGAAACUUUCACUGGCAAGAGGGAGUAAAGAGAAGAUUUUUGUUGUGAAGAUGAACCCCUAUGUGUCUGAUAAACUAAUUACAGCUGGAAUUAAACAUAUGAAGUUUUGGCGUAGAGCAGGGGGAGGAUUAAUUGGAAGAAAAGGCUACAUAGGCUCUCUGGGGAAAAAUGACACAAUGAUGUGUGCAGUGUAUGGAUGGACUGAAGAGAUGGCUUUUUCUGGAACAUCCACAGGAGAUGUGUGCAUCUGGAGAGAUGUCUUUCUUGUAAAAACAGUUAAAGCCCAUGAUGGGCCAGUGUUCAGUAUGCAUGCAUUGGAGAAAGGAUUUGUAACUGGAGGAAAAGACGGUGUAGUAGCCCUUUGGGAUGAUUCCUUUGAAAGAUGUCUUAAGACCUAUGCUAUCAAAAGAGCUGAUUUAGCCCCAGGAUCUAAAGGUCUGCUCUUGGAAGAUAACCCAUCUAUACGUGCCAUAUCAUUAGGACACGGUCAUAUCUUAGUUGGCACAAAGAAUGGUGAAAUAUUAGAAGUGGAUAAAAGUGGCCCAAUAACACUUUUGGUCCAGGGACACAUGGAAGGAGAGGUGUGGGGUUUGGCCACACAUCCUUAUCUGCCCAUCUGCGCUACUGUAAGUGAUGAUAAAACCUUAAGAAUAUGGGACCUCUCUCCUAGUCAUUGUAUGCUGGCAGUCCGGAAACUGAAAAAGGGUGGGAGGUGCUGCUGCUUUUCUCCUGACGGAAAAGUUUUAGCUGUAGGUCUCAAUGAUGGAAGCUUCUUUAUGGCAAAUGCAGACACUCUCGAGGAUCUCGUGUCCUUCCACCACAGAAAAGAUGUUAUUUCAGAUGUCCAGUUUUCACCUGGUUCUGGGAAAUACCUAGCCGUGGCGUCCCACGACAGCUUCAUAGAUAUAUACAAUGUGAUGAGCAGUAAACGAGUGGGCAUCUGCAAAGGAGCCACCAGCUACAUAACCCACAUUGACUGGGACUCCAGAGGAAAGCUUUUACAGGUCAACACUGGUGCUAAAGAGCAGUUAUUCUUUGAAGCUCCCAGAGGAAAAAAACAAACUAUCCCCAGUACAGAGGUGGAAAAAAUUAGUUGGGCCUCAUGGACAAGUGUCCUUGGUUUAUGUUGUGAGGGAAUUUGGCCAAUAAUUGGAGAAGUCACAGAUGUAACUGCCUCUUGUCUCACCAGUGACAAAAUGGUCCUAGCCACAGGAGAUGAUUUGGGAUUCGUGAAACUGUUUAGAUACCCGGCUAAAGGAAAAUUUGGAAAGUUUAAGAAGUAUGUGGCUCACAGCACACAUGUCACAAAUGUUCGCUGGACUUAUGAUGACAGCAUGCUGGUAACCCUAGGAGGUGCAGAUAUGUCUUUAAUGGUGUGGACAAACGAAAUGGAGAGCUAUCGAGAAAAAAAGUCUUGUGAUAGUGAAGAAUCUGAUAUAGAUUCUGAAGAAGAUGGAGGCUAUGACAGUGAUGUGACAAGAGAGAAUGAAAUCAGUUACACCAUCAGAGCCUUAUCAACCAAUAUCCGCCCAAUGCUUGGAGUCAAGCCUCAUUUGCAACAAAAAGAGCCAUCAGUUGAUGAGAGACAGGGGGUAGUAAGGCCCCCAGUGAGUAGGGCCCCACCACAGCCAGAGAAACUUCAGUCAAACAAUGUUGGCAAGAAGAAGAGACCCAUAGAGGACCUUGUGCUGGAGCUUGCUUUUGGCUAUCGAGGCAGAGACUGCAGGAACAAUGUGCACUACUUAAAUGAUGGUGAUGAUAUAAUUUAUCACACUGCCUCUGUUGGAAUUCUGCACAAUGUUGCUACAGGGACUCAGAGUUUUUAUCAGGAACAUAAUGAUGACAUUCUGUGCCUCACUGUAAAUCAGCACCCCAAAUUUAUCAACAUAGUGGCAACUGGCCAAGUAGGUGAUUCAGCAGACAUGUCAGCUACAGCCCCAUCUGUGCACAUCUGGGAUGCAGUGAACAAGCAGACAUUGUCUAUACUAAGAUGCUCCCAUUCAAAGGGUGUGUGCUCCGUCAGCUUCAGUGCUACUGGGAAGCUGCUGCUGUCUGUGGGGCUGGACCCAGAGCACACCAUUACCAUUUGGAGAUGGCAGGAAGGGGCCAGAAUUGCCAGCAGAGCUGGGCACAACCAACGUAUUUUUGUAGCAGAAUUUCGACCAGAUUCAGAUACCCAGUUUGUCUCUGUGGGUAUAAAGCACGUGAAAUUCUGGACCCUGGCAGGAAGGGCUCUUCUCAGCAAAAAGGGGCUUCUGAGCACACUGGAGGAUGCCCGGAUGCAGACGAUGCUUGCUGUUGCAUUUGGUGCAAAUAACUUGACGUUUACAGGUACCAUCAGUGGUGAUGUCUGUGUGUGGAAAGAUCACAUAUUGUGUAGAGUGGUGGCCAGAGCACACAAUGGGCCUGUGUUUGCCAUGUAUACCACCCUGCGAGACGGGCUGAUCGUGACUGGCGGCAAGGAAAGGCCGUCAAAGGAAGGAGGUGCAGUUAAACUGUGGGACCAGGAACUGAGGCGAUGCCGGGCCUUCAGGCUUGAGACAGGACAAGUCACAGAUUGUGUCCGGUCUGUGUGCAGAGGCAAAGGCAAGAUAUUAGUUGGAACAAGGAAUGCUGAAAUAAUUGAAGUUGGAGAGAAAAAUGCAGCAUGUAACAUUUUAGUUAAUGGUCAUGUGGAUGGGCCAGUAUGGGGACUAGCAACACAUCCUUCCAGGGAUUUUUUCCUUUCUGCUGCAGAAGAUGGAACAGUGAGACUCUGGGAUAUUGCUGAUAAAAAGAUGCUAAACAAAGUAAAUUUGGGACAUGCUGCACGGACAGUGUGUUAUAGCCCUGAAGGGGACAUGGUGGCUAUUGGAAUGAAAAAUGGAGAAUUUAUUAUAUUACUUGUGAGUUCUCUGAAAAUAUGGGGAAAGAAGAGAGACAGGCGAUGUGCAAUCCAUGACAUCAGAUUUGCCAUGUAUAUAUGUGGGCAUGCACAUACUACAAGGUGCACAAGUGGUGGUCAGAGGGCAACUUGUAGAAGCUGGUCCCCUCUUUCCACCAUGUGGAUUCUGGGGACUGAACUCAGAUUUAGUCCAGAUUCCCGGUAUUUGGCAGUGGGUUCUAGUGAGAACUCAGUGGACUUUUAUGACCUAACAUUGGGUCCCACCCUUAACCGAAUCAGCUACUGCAAAGACAUUCCAAGCUUUGUCAUUCAAAUGGACUUCUCUGCAGAUAGCAGACAUCUCCAGGUUUCUAGUGGCUGUUAUAAACGGCAUGUCUAUGAAGUGCCUUCAGGAAAACACCUUGUAGACCAUGCUGCCAUUGAUAGGAUCACAUGGGCUACCUGGACAAGCAUUCUGGGAGAUGAAGUAAUGGGAAUCUGGUCCAGACAUGCUGAGAAAGCAGAUGUCACCUGUGCCUGUGUAUCUCAUUCAGGAAUCAGCCUUGUGACAGGAGAUGACUUUGGCAUGGUUAAGUUAUAUGACUUUCCAUGCCCAGAAAAAUUUGCAAAGCACAAGCGAUUCUUAGGUCAUUCUCCCCAUGUGACGAAUAUUCGAUUUACCAGUGGUGAUCGACAUGUUGUCAGUGCUGGAGGCGAUGACUGCAGUUUGUUUGUCUGGAAAUGUGUACAUAUGCCUCACUGAAGUGCCAGGAUGAUGCUGAGAAGACUGAACAAAUCUCACCUCAAUACCAGUUCCAUGACAAAAAAAAAACCAAAACCAAACUCUGCAUGGUCCAGUGGUGCUAACUGAAGACUGUGACAGGGAGGGAUGCAGAGAAUCAUCCACUCAGCAGAAGACUGACAGCUCAAAAUGCUUACUGUAUGUACCAACCCAUAAUCUGUACACUGCCAGAUAAUUACAUUGCAAAUGACUGAAUUACUUGAUAAAAGCCAUCCUCCUCUUAUUGAGGAGUAUGUAAUUUGGCAGACUGGCCCAGGAGAUUUAGGGUACAGCAGUCUUAAAAAAAAAAAUGAAAAUUUUCUCAUUUCUAACAUUUCUUCAAUGAAAUAUUUCACCCUUGUACAAGGAAAGGUGUAAGUAAGUGACCAUCGUCGUAAAGUGUCAGUUUUAAAACUGCAAACAUUUUUCUUAGGGGAACUUAUAUAAGCUUUCCUGGCAAAUGUUUCUUAAACAUUAGUUUAGUGCCCUCUGCAGAGGACACUGCUCCCCAGACUGCUGAGAGAAGAUCCAGUCAGCAGCAUGACGUCUACGUUUUCAUGCUUGAGCUGUCAAUCUCUGUUUCGGAGCCAUCUCCAUAAAAUUUUGAAACAAAAUUAUGGCAUUAAUGGGAAAGUGAUAAUAUGAACGUUCAUUUCCAAAUGUACAGUUUAAGGUUCUGUGAUAGCAAUAGCUCUUAACAGAAAGAUAAUACUGCAUAUUUAAAGGUAUGAUCUAAUUAAUAAACAUUUUAUUGUGUAAACAAAAGCAUUAAAUUCAUACACGAAUAACACUGGGCAUACAUUUUUAGUUUUGUAUUGAAGCAAGCUGUUUAACUAGAUGUAUGCCACCCUGUAAGGCUGUUUUCCAAAAUGAAUGACUCCAGGAUCAUCAGGAACUCGGUCAGAAUCCUUCCAUUUUAAUGCUGCCAAAGAUUGGGACUUACCUUCCAGGACUUUGCUGUUUAGCCUCGCUAGUUUCCUCAGCGUGAGAACUCCAGUAGACUGCCGUGUGAAACUUAUUUUUCUACAUGUGACGACACCGAGGACGCCCUACUGGUUGUUUCCAUUUUUAUUUUACUGUGCAGAUUAUCUUUGUAGCAUAGAUUCCCUCCCCCAAGACUCUGGAAUCCUGUUUGGUUUGCUGUGUUUUCUAUGGCUCAAAAGUUGUGAAUAUUAAAACCAGAAUGAACACACUGCAUCAGAGAACUUUUGUCUAAGCAGUGCUUGGAGCCUGGCAAAUUUUAAAGCUGAAGGCUGAUGAAGAAACUUCCAGACUUAGAGCAUGAGCUCUCCCACUGCUCAUGCCAAUGGUCCAUCUGUAUUAGGCCACGCUUUGGAAUACACUGGUAUUACAUAAAAUGGGAGUCAAUAAAUUAAAGAAUUCAUGUAAAAAGAAAACUGCCUUCAAAUUUAAGCAUGGUAUAUAUUAUAGUUCUAAGGUUUCCCCUCUGGACAGCUAGCCAGCUUUUAGCUACAGAAAAUUUUCAGUUCUAUAAAAGUCCAUAAUGUUAAGCAAGUAAAUCAUAAAGACUGCUUCCUUUCUAUUUUUGUCCCCCAAAGUGGCAGUCCUUGCUGGAUUAACCACCAACUGUAGAAAGGAUGAUGAAUCAUAUACAAUCUGCCCUAUAGUUUUUGAAUCCAGAGAAUUAUGGUGUGUACUUGCUCUAUCUGAAUUUAUAGUCCAAGACUGCCACCAGUUGCUGUCAUCCCACUUGUUCCCUAUGUAAAUGCAUGCCAAAGCACAUAGCACUCUGCUACUCUGCAUCAUCAACCACGUCCACUCUUUUCUCUGUGUGAUUUCUUGUGUGGUUUCAUUUAGAAGUAGUAGUCCAGUUAAUUGUUUUAGGGUCAGAGCAAGCCUGUCUAUAAACCACAGUCUUGAACAACAAACCAUUCAAAUGUGGAGCUAUAGCAUGUACUUCAGUUGGUAGAGUGUGUACCUAAAUUUGUAAAGCCCUGGAUUUAAUCCCUAGCACCACACAUUAAAUGGGGCAUGUCUAUAAUCCCAGGUGUAAGCACAGAAUCAGAAAUUCACAUUCUUGCCUACAUACUGCAUUUGAGGAUAGCCUGAAGUAUGUGAGACUCUACCUUAAAAAAAAAAAAACCCACUUUUUAAAUGUGUUUACGGUCAUUGUCUACUAAAUAACAGAAAGUAAAUGGAUUGUCACAUGUUCUUUUCUUAUAAAAAGCUAAAUCAGUUAAGUCCCCCCACUUCUGGUCUUUACUGGACAGUUAGGAGAACACAUCUAUGCACAUUUUUAGAAAGUGAUAGUUAAAAAGCAUAGUUCUGGAAAUUCACACAAUUUUCAACAAAAUUUUUCAGCUGAGAUGCAAUGCUAGAAUGAAUGCCUUAAAUUUAAUGGAAUGCACUUACAGAAUGAAGAAAUGCCACCUCGCCUGACCCUUUGCAGCAAGCAGCUUUAGGACCUUGUCUCCUUUGUCCUUUUGCUCUUUCUGAUCUUUACUCUAUGGGAUUAGCAUGGCCAAGGCCAACUUCUGAAAUGGUUGAAUAAUUAGCUUAACGCUUUUAUCUCUCAAUGGAAAGGCAAUGACCACAGCAGUAGAAGGGCUGGCUUCACAGUGUUAAACACAGACUUUUAUAGGCGUGACUUUAUUAUCCAUCCUUUAUGUAACUUAACAGUUUAAAUUUGGUCCUGAAAAUGUUUGAGCUUUUAUUAUCCCCUUUACUAACCACCUCUUACACUUUAAUUUUUAAAACAUCAAGUCUUUGAAAAAUCAGUUGUCUGUUAUUUAAAACAUUUGACACUUCUUGCCUUAACAGCUUCAAAAACCACACACAUAAAACUUCAUAAUACAGUGGCCAAGUUUCAUCUUAUUGUGAUGUUUAUCCAUUUGAUUUCUGUAAUUAUAUAUAGUUCUGUCAUUUAAAAUAUACCACUUAAAUCUACAUUUCAAGAAUGAUCUUUAGGAGUAACUAAGUAUAUUUUCUGUGGAGUUAUUUCUAUUUUUCAGAACAUGGGAAUAUAUAUGUCUAUUUAUACUCUUGUGAGUUAAAAGUCUGUUUUCUGAAACUUUCUGUAUAUACUUAUAAAAUUUUUGUAUGAUUUUGUGAUAAUGUAGUACCCCCAAAAUUAUUUUUAAAUUAUAUGCUAUAGUAAAUGGAAGCGUUUCAAGGAA